AAGGAAAUUACGGAAAGAAUCAGCUUUUGGAUCCUGGUUUCAGGUGGCGUGCGUGGACACACCCUGAGCCUCUAUAGGGAGUAAGUAAGCUUUCUUACGCUUAUCAUCCAGGAGGGGAUUUUUUUUUCCUUUAUCCUCUUUGCGGCUUGGUCGGUGAGUAACCCGUCUCUCUGAUGGCCAGUGCUUGGUGUGUUGAAGGGAUGUGGCUGCAAGGUUUGCGGUGCAGCAAGCGCUAAGCAGAAGGCCGAUGAUGGCGUCGCCGCGGAGCUUUGCCACCGGCUCGGUAGCCCAUUCUAUCCGGCGGCGCGCUGAGAAUUCCCUCGAGACGAUCUAGAAAUAGACGGUUGGUAUGCCGGGAUGGAUUCCAAGGGGAAAGGAAAACCACGAGAAAAAGUUUGCUCAGAGCCUUGGGUGUAUGACCCUUCUGCUCCUGCUUGCCGUGACUCAGGUGCUAUCACGACAACAGUCUUCCUCUUCCUUGUGCUUAUUACUUAUUAUAACAACAGCAGGCAUCUGCAUACCAAACUUGUGCCCUGCUUGCUUACCAUGUGAACCUUCUCUUGGUGGAGGUGCCAUUGCCUAUGUUAGGGAGAUACGGGCAUUGUUUCAAUGUAUCAGAAGCCAGAGACAGAGCAGAGACAGUCGUGCUCUCCGCCUCCCAUGCGCAUACAAGUGGGCCUGUUCUAAAUUUUCCUCGCUUACUGUUGGCCGGUGGAGCUGCGGCUGCAAGGCGCAGGACUAGUAGCACGUAUCAGUCGCACAAGUAUGUAGGUAUGUACCUCGUCGUAGUACAUGCUGUAAAGCAGUAGGUAGUAUUCGUUAUUGGAGCGAAGCU